AUGUGGGCGGUGGCUCUAAAUUGCCAGUCCUGUGGUGACGAGUGCGCACCAGCCUGCGGUACCAGAUACUUUAGAACUUGCUGCUUCAACUACUUAAGAAGGAAGAGGGGGUUUAAUGCCAAGAUGUAUUCUCAUUCCCGCAAUGAUCUUCCUCAAAUUCUCCUCGAGAGCACCUGGAGCCAAGAUCCAAUCGAUGUCUAUUAUUCUAUAUAA